AUAUUUCGUCUUCCCAAAACAGCAAAUUAAGCAACCAUAAAAAAAUGUCAUAAUAACUUUUUCAAAUUUUCAUUCUUUAAUUGCUUCACAUGAAUGUUCCAUUAUUUUAUUUCCAAACAUCCCAUGUUUCCACAUUCCUGCUCGCUCCCUCAGGUUACGUUACUUCCUGUAAUUGUUUGUUUUUCAAUCUAAACUACGCUUGAUUAGGUCCAAGAUUGCAUCACACUUACAUUUUAUAGACUGUGGGCUACUAUAUAUUGUUCAAAGUUUCCGUCAUUGUUUCUCACUGUUUUAGAUUGUGCGUUUGUUUUUGGGCUUUCUGGAAUCUGACUGCUUCAUGCGAAAGACUCCACCUAUUUUGCUCAGUUAAUCCAGUUAUUAUUGUGCUCAAAUUGUUUUUUUUUUGCUUGAAAUUUGAGAAAUUUUCAAUUGAGGCUUAUUCUGUUUCUUCAAAUUGUUGUGGGCUUUUGGGGUUAGAUUUGAAUUGGGAACUUUGUAGCAUUUGUGGGAAGGAGAUUGCACCUGGUCAAUUUCUGUGGCUUGUUUGGAUUGCUGUAAUUUUGAAGUUUGGCACCUUUUAUUAGAAUACCUCAUAUUUUGAUUUGGGAGGAGUGUCGUAUGGGAUUGCCUUGGAUCUUAAGUUGGGGGAAUUAUGCCAAGUGUUGAACAUCUUGGUGAGAUUGCUGGGGUGGUAAAGAGAUAAGAGUUUAUUUUGUAACGUCUUUCGGCAGGCUUUAAGUCUUCUCAAAUCUGAGUGUACGGAUGGGGCGGCAUUUGAAAGUUUCGAAAAGUUGGGUAUAAAUGUGGUUCAGUAGCUGGCAAGAUUAUCACAAUGGAGGCAUUGGGACUUGAGGGGAUAAGUCGAUAAUUAGCUGUCAUAGUGACAUUUGUAUCUUUCGUUUCUGUAAAGGGGGUUAUUCACAUCCGAGGACUAUAUAUUAGGAAUCUAGGUAUAGUUUUGCGACUCGGGACAAAACAAAUAUAUCAUUUUCUGAUUUUGGGUGUAAAGAAUGGGGCAUCCUGCAGCCGUUUGGGACCAUAGAGCUUCUCUUGAAUUGACAAAGGACUGGAAUGGAAUCGACCAAGUUGUGCUUCGGAACCCUCAAGGGGCGUCUGCGCGGGUGAGCCUGCAUGGAGCACAAGUUCUCUCGUGGAGGAAUGAUAGAGGCGAAGAACUUCUUUUCACCACUAGUAAGGGCAUCUUUAAGUCUCCAAAAGCAAUGCGGGGAGGCAUUUCCAUUUGCUUUCCACAGUUUGGUAACUGUCAUGCGCUUGAGCAGCAUGGAUUUGCUAGGAACAAGAAUUGGAAAAUUGAGGAUAAUCCUCCUCCGCUGCAUUCAAAGGACUCUUUUGGUAAAUCCUUUGUUGAUUUACUACUUAAACCCGUUGAAGAAGAUCUGAAGUUCUGGCCUCACAGCUUUGAGUUUCGCCUUCGAGUUUCUCUCUCAUCCAAUGGAAACUUGAUACUGAUAUCGCGCAUCAGGAAUAUAGGUUGGAAACCUUUCAGUUUCUCUUUGGCCUAUCACACACAUUUCUCUGUUUCUGACAUUAGUGAAGUCAGGAUAGAAGGUUUAGAGACGCUGGACUACCUUGACAACCUCUCCCAAAGGGAACGAUUUACAGAGCAAGGCGAUGCCCUAACUUUCGAAUCAGAGAUAGACCGUGUUUACCUAAGCUCACCCAAGUGCGUCGCUGUUCUUGAUCAUGAGAAGAAACGAACAUACGUUAUCAGAAAGGAAGGGCUACCUGAUAUGGUUGUGUGGAAUCCGUGGGAGAAGAAGUCGAAAGCAAUGGCAGAUUUUGGCGACGAAGAAUAUAAGCAGAUGCUAUGUGUGAAUGCAGCAGCAAUAGAGAAGAACAUCACCCUGAAACCAGGAGAGGAAUGGACAGGGAGAGUCGAGCUUGCUGCUGUACCUUCAAGCUUCUGCUGCGACGAACUCGAACCUCAUCUCGACUACUUUUGAUGCUCGACUUGUGAUCGUUCGUUCGCUAGCUCACUUUAUCGAAAGCCUGUGGUUUUUGGAAAAUGGCUGAUAAAAAUUUGGUUUGUGUAGGAUUUGAGGCAUUUACAUUUGCUCUCUUUUAGCUUUGAUCAAUGAGCUCAAUAUCAUGCUUUUAAGCCACUCUGGUUCUGAAUAAAUCUAUUUUGUGAUGCUUCAGACAAAUUGUAACAUCAAUUUGACAUUUGGAACAUUAACAUUCGUGAAAAGUUGAAUUUUCAUAUUAA